AUGGACGCGCUUUUUCCGCACUACGUCGCGCUCCGUUGGGCGGAGAGUGUGCUCCCGCACGUCCAGACGCUGCUCGCUGGGGCGGCCAAGCACCCGCUCACGCGCGCGGAGGAGACGCUGCUGCUUGCGCUGGCCACAUUGCUCCGCACUGUCUACCGCCAGGUGCCCUACAUCCGUUUCGGCGACCUGCGUUCGCUGCAGGAGCGGGCGACGGCGGUCACUCUACAGAAAUUCCUCACCUACCACACCACGCACUUCCUCGGCGCCGUGCUCGAAUUCUACACCCGCUUCGUGCUCGGCCGCAGCGGCGGACAGACCGUGCUGCACCUCACGCCCGACACGCUGCAGACCCUCGCGCUCACGUUGCAGAACGCCGUGGACGUGCUCGCCGCGCUCGAGGUGCUCGAUGCCGCCGAGCGCCGCGCCGCGCUGCGCGAAUUCCUGAAGCCCACGCUCUUCCAAAAUCUGCCGGUCAAGCACAGUUUUUUGAAGGACGUGCUCGAGCAGAAAACGCUGGCGCGCUGCCGCCCGCGGCUGGAGCUGCAGCUGACCGUGGAGCGUGGCGUUGCUGAGCGUGUGCUCUUGCUCGUGGCCGCCUGGCUUGGUGGCCGCAAGAAGUGGCUCGCUAUCUCCGUCUUCGGAUUUUAUGUGUUGCCGCCUGCGGAGCCUUCACCGGCGGCGCGCUUCGAGGUGGAGGAGAGGUUCGGCUGGGCUAUUCUGCAGCGUCUGGCCUGGGGCUACCCGUGGGGUUUCUGCGUCGGUUUCUGUUGGGUGGUGGACGGCGGGCCCGUGCACCGUUUCCUGGCCUUGCAGAGUGCCGAAGAUGCGCGCGAGGUGUUGGAGACGACGCACGCGCUUUCGGGACGCACGGCCGAGGACCGCGUGCCGGUGCUGAACGACGUGGUGGCGAGGGCCGCACUGGAGUUGGAGACGCGCGCGCCGGCGACGAAUGCGGCAUUGGCCGAGUGCGAGGGCGAGGGCACCGUUUUCCUCUUCAACUCGGAAUUGAGCGUGUUCGGUUACGGCAUGGACGCGGCGUACUGGCUCGUGCCGAGUGUCGGUGUGCUCGGACCGGAGCGGAACUGGGCGUUGGCGGGACUGGCCGCGCGAGAGGAGGCGGCGGCGGAGGACACGGCGGCGGCGGGGUUGGAAAACUUCACGGUUUAUCGUGCGCGGAACGAGAAGGAGUUGGCGGCGAUCCAGGCCUUGCGUGCGGCCGGGCCAGAUGAGCAUGUGGACCCACUCAGUCGGCUGCCCGACUGGGCCUUUGUUCGCGUUGCUGAGUCUGAAGCGGAGGUCAAAAAGUAUCAGGCUCAACUGGAUGCGGCGCGCAAACAUUUGUUCUCAGUCAAGUUCCAACUCGCUGUCAAAGGCAUCAUGGCCGUGACCCUCGACGCCGAGGACCGACCCGGCCUUACGCUCCUCUACGACCGUAAACGCGGGGGCACCGCCACCCGCGGCAAGGCCAAAUACCACCUCGUUUUUGUCUCCCACCUCGCCCGCGACAGAUGGCGUGCCGGCCUCAGCGUUGACCUCUUCGCAGAAGACCCCAAACACUGGAAAGUGCACGACGCCGCCGCUGUUCACUAG